ACAGUAAAAUCUCAAAGAGAAACACAAGAAUAGCAAGAAGAUUGUACGAAUCUCGAAUUUCCCCAUUGGAUGGGAUUCGGUUCGAGUUUAGAAAAAUGUGCGACGAAACCAAGUUCAGCGUCAUGUGCAGCCUGUUCAACUGGAUGCAGAGGAGCAAAUCGUCGGCCAAGAAGCGCUCCAAGUUCCGAAAGUUCCUCGACAACUUCUGCAAACCGGGCGAUUACUUCAACGCCAUCAGGCUCAUCCUCCCCUCCCUCGACCGCGAGCGCGGCUCCUACGGCCUCAAGGAGUCCGUCCUCGCCACCUGCCUCGUCGACGCCGUCGGCAUGUCCCGGGACUCCCAAGACGCCCUACGCCUCUUCAAUUGGCGCAAGGGCGGCGCACCCAAGGCCGGCUCUAACGCCGGCAAUUUCGCCCUAGUUGCUGCCGAGGUGCUGCAAAGAAGGCAGGGUUGGGCUUCUGGCGGUCUAAACAUUAAGGAACUAAAUGAGAUGCUUGAUCGAUUGGCUUCAAGUGAAAACAGGGCGGAGAAGACUUCUGUUCUUUCUGAUCUAAUCAAGAAAACCAAUGCACAAGAAAUGAAGUGGAUUGUAAUGAUAAUUCUAAAAGAUCUCAAGUUGGGAGUUAGCGAGAAGAGCAUCUUUCAUGAAUUCCAUCCGGAUGCUGAAGAUUUGUUCAACGUUACGUGUGACUUAAAACUGGUUUGUGAAAAGUUACGGGAUCGAAGUCAACGGCACAAACGUCAGGACAUAGAAGUUGGAAAGCCUGUGCGUCCCCAACUAGCUAUGAGGGUUGGUAAUGCAAACAAUGCAUGGAAGAAGCUUCACGGGAAGGAAGUUGUUGCAGAGUGCAAAUUUGAUGGUGACCGGAUUCAAAUCCAUAAAAAUGGACAGGAGAUACACUUUUUCUCAAGGAACUUUCUUGACCAUCCUGAAUAUGAGCAUUCAAUGUCAGCCAUCAUCAUACAAAGUAUUAUUGCUGACAGGUGUAUACUUGAUGGCGAGAUGUUGGUUUGGGACACAUCUAUGAACCGUUUCGCUGAGUUCGGUUCUAAUCAGGAAAUAGCGAAGGUAGCAAAGGAAGGACUUGAUAGUGACCGACAGCUGUGCUAUGUUGCUUUUGACAUUCUCUAUUUCGGAGACACCAGUGUUAUUCAUCAAAGCUUGAAAGAACGCCAUGAACUUCUUCGUAAAGUUGUAAAGCCUGUAAAGGGUCGAUUAGAAGUUUUGGUUCCCAAUGGUGGUCUUAAUGAUCGUCGGCCUUCUGGGGAGCCUUGUUGGUCACUUAUUGCUAAUAGCGUGGAUGAUAUUGAGAGGUUUUUUAAAGAAACUAUUGAAAACAGAGAUGAAGGUAUUGUGGUAAAAGACCUUGGUUCCAAGUGGGAACCAAGUGACCGAAGUGGAAAGUGGUUAAAGUUGAAGCCUGAUUACAUUCGAGCUGGCUCUGAUUUAGAUGUUCUUAUAAUAGGAGGAUACUACGGCUCCGGGCGUCGUGGAGGAGAGGUGGCUCAGUUUUUGGUGGGCCUUGCAGAGCGUUCCGCCCCAGAUAUGUAUCCCAAAAGAUUCAUCUCUUUUUGCAGAGUGGGCACUGGACUUUCUGAUGAAGAGCUUGAUGCUGUAGUAACAAAAUUAAAGCCAUAUUACAGGAAAAAUGAAUACCCGAAGAAGGCUUCGCCAAGCUUUUAUCAGGUUACAAAUAACUCCAAAGAGAGACCUGAUGUUUGGAUUGAAAGCCCUGAAAAAUCAAUCAUACUUUCUAUUACCAGUGAUAUUCGAACCAUAAGGUCUGAGGUAUUUGCUGCGCCAUACAGCUUGAGGUUCCCACGUAUUGACAGAGUCAGAUACGACAAGCCUUGGCAUGAAUGUCUUGAUGUGCAAUCUUUUGUAGAAUUGGUACAUUCAAGCAAUGGUACCACACAGAGGGAUGCAGAUUACGGGGUCGUGCAGGUUGACAAACCGAAACGCAUGAAAUUGUCAAGAAAAGGGGAGAAAAAGAUUGUUUCUGUUGUUCCUUCUCAUUUUGUUCAGACUGAUAUUUCCACAAUAAAGGGGGAGACGUUGAUAUUUUCGAGCAUGAUGCUUUACUUUGUCAACAUUGGUCCAACACAUUCCCUGGAUUCCUUGCACAAAAUGGUGGCUGAGAAUGGGGGAGCUUUUUCCAUGAAUCUGAAUAGCUCAGUUACUCACUGUAUUGCAGCCGAAAGUAAAGGUAUGAAAUUUCAGGCAGCAAAGCGUCAUGGUGAUAUUAUUCAUUACUCUUGGCUCUUUGAUUGCUGUUCACAGAAGAAGCUUCUCCCUUUGCAGCCAAAGUACUUCCUCUUCCUUUCGGAUUCUUCAAGAAAAAAGUUACAAGAAGAAAUUGAUGGGUUCUCUGAUCCUUACUACUGGGAUCUUGACAUUAAAGAUAUCAAACAGCUGUUAAGCAACAUAAAUAGGUCCGAAGAUUCCAAAACCGUUGAACAUUAUAAGAGGAAAUUUUGUCCAAAGGCUAGAUGGUAUUGUUUUCAUGGUUGCUGCAUCUACUUCCACACUUCAGUGCAGGCGUUGAAUUCGGAUACAAAAUUGUUGACUGAACUUGCAUUGAGAAGGAUGAAGCUUGAAGUGUCCAAUGGUGGUGGCCAAGUCAGCAAUAGUCUUUCUCGGGCUACGCAUUUAGUUGUCAUAGCACCAUUGGGAUUGAUUGUGGAUUUUGAUGAAGUGUUGAAAAGUUAUUCAUCAGAGGAAGCACGGCUUUUACAUAGGAGAAGCUUGCAUGUUGUUUGGUCUCAAUGGUUAGAAGACUGUUUGGAUAAGGAAGAGAAAGUGCAAGAGGAGACAUAUAGCUUGAAGCCCACUGGCUUGGAAGAGUCGAACUCUGGAGAGUGGAAAGAUGACCUUAGUCUAGAUGAAUUGUCAAAUAUUGGCGCUGUAGAACGGCCGAAUACAUCAUCUUCUCCCGCCAACGAUGGAGGACAUAGCAAAGGCAAAGCUGCUUUAGAUGAACCAAGACUUUUGACCUCUCCCAAGAAUAUUGGAAAAAGGAAAAGAGGAAGGCCCCUUGGCACGUGUGUAAAUAAAGGGCAAAAGGGUGUCCUUCAACCUCGCAGAACACAGUCACGACUUGGAAGCAAGUCUGCUAAAAUACAUGAAAUUGAACCAGAUGUAACUUCUUCCGAGGAGAAUGCCGUUACGGAAGAGUCUGAAAUGGAACUUGGAAUUCAGGAAAGUAAACAUGAAGUGAUAGUAGAAGAUUCUGAUUCACCAAAUAGAGGAAAGGCUGUUAAACCAGAAGAGGUUGGAGAAGAUACAAUACUAGGAGAGUGGUUCAACAAUUCUCAUGGAAUCAAAUCGGGAAGUGGGAAUAGUGCCCAGGAAAAUGAGAAGCUAGAAGUCCUGGUCGAUCCUGUUCAGUCCAUGCUUCUAGACAUGAUUCCGAGCCUUAAGACGAAGAAAGUAGAGAGUAUAGAUCCUGUUGUAGAAGAUAAGAAGCCACCCGAGGAUACUGAUGAUAAUGCAGAGCCGGUGAAGAAAAAGAAGAGAGUCAGCUAUAAGGACGUUGCCAUGGAGCUGCUCAGGGAUUUGUAGAAUGUCACAGGUGUUGAUUGUUCAGCUCAUACUCAUGGAAACUAUACGUUAGUGCUUUCAAAAGUUCUACCGUGCUGCUUUGUGAAGGCAUUUCUGUGGAAAACCUAAACUUUUUGCGUGAUUGGAAGAUACUUAUGCAAUUAAUGAUCCCCAGAGUUACGAGCGUUUUCAUACAUGCAUGCAUACGUACGUACAUAUACAGAUAUAGGUAUCUAUUUAUAUGUAUAUAUAAUGGUAAAUGCAUUCUGACAUGAGCAUUGUAAAAUGAUUUUGAGUUGAAGAACGAACAUGGAGUUCGAUAAGGUUCUGUUUGGAAUCCUAACUACUGAGAAUUCAGCAUAUUGGCAGUAUGUUUGUGCUAAUACUCGUAGUUAUGGUUUAGAUGU